CGAAAAAGAUGCAGUGGAACCUCGCAGAUGACGCAUCUGCAGGAAAUUCGCAAGAUCUGACCCAAGACGAUGCGGCUGACCAUCAACCAAACAGGCGAGCAAACAGACAGGCUGAGAAAAGCAAGCAGACAGCCGAAUGAAAGACAGGCAGAGAGGGCAGACGAGAAACAAAGAAAACAACGUUUGAAAGCAAAUGGCUGUGUCUGUUUGAUGUUUGUCACAUGAUGUCUGAUGCAGAGCGGCUCCACUCGGCAACGAAGCAGCCUCCACUCCUCUCUCACCUGCAAAGCGUGAGCAGCACGGCGCACCAACACACCGCCAACACCUGCAUCUCUCUCUUCUUUUCCGUGCAGAUGGGACGGUGAUCUGUUAAUUCAUGGACACAAGUAGCGACGGCCCGGCCGCCUCUGCUGCAGGUCAGCACCGUACACGCCUGAUGGACAGCCCCUUGUGUGCGUCAUGCCCUGUGUGUCCUGACGACGUGCUGCAGCUGGGCAAGGUGGCGGUGGGAGCUCUUCUCGUGAUCUUUUGCAGCAGAUACAUUCGGUGGGCGGAGAGAGAGCUCCAGACACGCAGCAGGGAUGACGUCACUGUGUUGUUGGUUCUGGCUCACAGGUUGCCUUGCAGCUUGCCUGUGAUGCUGGGCGGGCAGAUCACGUCAUAGCCUUACAAACCGACAGCACCACGCAGGUCCGCACGAAAGACCACAUAGCCGAGCAGCAGCACUCAGUUGAUCUUAAUGCCCCUGUCGGUGCAGGCUGGUGUGUCGCUGGCUGACAGUCUGGCAGCCAUUCGGAACGCUCUCACCGACGCCCACUCGGCCCUCACCAAAAAGUUGGCGGUAAGAGUGGGAUGACCGCUGGGAAUGAAUGGCUCACACUGGCCGCUCAACCUCCUUUACGUGUGUCCAUGUCAGCGCGUUGGCGGCAAGGGUUUCCGUUGGUGUUGCAAUGUCAACUACAGCGGGGUGGGCGGUGCUGUGACGUCGAAUAAGACCGUCACCAAACCACACCGAUCCAUGGCGGUACGCACACACAGACAUGCAAUGCACUACCAGCUCAUGGUGAUGGCAUCUUUGCUGCUUGUGUGGUGUGGUUUGAUGUCCAUCCAGGUGCCUGGUCGUGACGAGGGCAAACGUAGAUGUGUAGCUAUCGAAGCGGCUGAUGCUGCCGCUGCUGGAGGUACACCAACCACACACGCAUACACACACUGAUAGAUCGACCGCAUCUUGAUGGCCCUGUUGUCUUGUGUUGUCUUGUGUGGUGCUUUCAGGUGAGGCGAUGGAUGUGGGCGGUGCUGCAGCAGCGACACAGCAGCAGAGCACCGAGCCAACGGUGACACACGAGAGAUAUGACCAUCUCUGCACGCACUUUCGACGUGUAAUGCUUAAUUGUGUGUGUCAGAAGGAGUACGGCGAUCCGUGUCUGUCGGGUCUGCCCAUGGACGUGUUUGCCUACAUGGGCUCCUUCGUCACCACCAAGACGGCAAUACGUCUGUCCAAAGUCGACAAGGAGAUCCGCACGAUGGCCACCGACGAAACGUCCGGUAUGUUCCGCAACUUUAGCGUGACGUUGGACGAGGAGGAUAGCUACAGAAGGAUGCGGGACGUGAACCAGCAGAUGAGGCGCAUGGUGAGAGGGAGAGGUGACGUGGGCACAUGGGUGACACACACAUGCUUUGACGCGACCCGUCGUGUGUGUGUGUGUGCAUUCCAAGGUCAAGACUGCGUCUGUGCGGGCAUCGGACGCGAUGCCGCGUUUCGUGUUGUCGAAGUGUGUGGAGGCAUGCACGACGACACUCGAGAAGCUCACGCUGGACAUCGCCGACUAUCCACAGGAGCUUCGCGCUUCUACCCGCGACGUGGUGGUGUUCCCCAAAGUGACAUGCCUCCACAUCCACAACGGAAGCACCAUCGAACACAUCAGGUGUGUCCAAAGGCAAGUGGAGGCGACCGAUGCAUCCACUCAUCCCUAUGAUCGACAUGUCAUGUGUGUUUAUCUGCAGGAGGCGUCGGUGGGUCUUUCCAGCCCUCACCACCCUCCGACUGAGUGUGCGCUUCUUCGAGUUUGACAGCGUGCUAGUCCCAUCCUUCGAGUCCAUCCUCACCACAUCGCCCAUGAUCGAGCGGCUGGAGGGCGACCGCAUCGAAGUCGACGACGGCCAGUGGGCCUUCUUCACCGCCGCCCUGGGUCGCUGCCCCAACCUCAUCACCAUCACCGGCCUGAAGAUCGACAUCCCCAGCCACUUCGGCUGCCUUAAUCAGCUCAAAGCCGCCCUCAGCAAGCAAUGGAGCAGCACACCAGAGAAAAUGGGCACGCAAGAAACCCACGAGCACCCGCAUCUUUACGCUCUCAUACGCAACAUACUCAUAUCCUCUGUGUCCCUGCUGGACUACAGAUUUGCGCAAGAAGCUGGGCUUUGUCGUGGUCAACGCGUCGAUCGGUGGUGACUACGGCCAGCAGGGGGCUCCCGACUUAGAGGCCUUCCGUAGGUGGGCAGCCACCGUCAAUUGCAAGCUCGAUUGGCGGCCAGCCGGCAGGCCGCUGCUCGUCGAGUGCAGCAGCGGCGCUGCCACUGCCCUCCCUGCACCAGACGGCCUCUACGGACAGAUCGCCACGCGGCUGGCGGCCAAUGCGACCAAUGUAAGGAACGGUACAGACAAGAAAAGCGAGAGGGCAACAUGUAUUCGCGUAUCGGUGUGGGUGAAUGUAGGUCAAGUUGGGGCUCGGCAACACCCCGCUGCACAAGUCGUGGCGUGACGAGCUGAUUUUCACCAAGGCCAAGACGCUCAUCGUCGACUUCAAGGCGACCGCGAGUGCCUCACCUGUGGCCCACAUCAUCCCCGAGUGGCUGGCCGAGAGGAAGGGAGAGAGGAGCGGCCCCUUUCCCGCUGUCGAGGCUGACUCGCUGUCCUUGGCUGACAUGCGUGCCGCCCGCAGCAAACACACGCCGUUUUUGGGCGGGCUGAGGUCGCUGAAGAGUGUCACCUUCAGCUCUCUGUCUAGCCUCACUGUCGCAUACGAGUUUCUCUGCCACCUGUCCGUAGACCAGCUAGAUAAGGUAGAGAUCGAGGAGGGCGAAGACCCCCUCGUGUGCGACAGGCCGGCGGACAUCCCUGCCAUACGGGGCGUCGGCUGCCCUCACAUAUACCGCCUGGUUUGUGGUGGCUUGUCCUCUAAGGCAGGCGUGACUGACUCCAUUAAGCUAGCCCUAGUUCUGCGACCGGCACAUGUCGAGUUGGAGGCAUGGUUGGAUGAGAAUGAGCUGGAGGGAGAAAGUGAGGAUGAUCGGCUAGACGACCUCCACUCGUUUGCGGAUGAGUGCGCCGAGCAGGCCGCACCACACUACACUGUCAAGGAGAGGGAGUGUAAUGAAUACUCAGCUUCCCUUACGCUCAAAUUGGCAGCCAAGUGAGAGUGGCGGGGAGGCGGCCGGGCAGGGAGGGAGGGAGGGAGGGAGGGAAGACAGACUCUUGUACAUACAGGUCGGCUGACUCUGUCUCACUCGCUCUUGCCUCUCUCUCUCUCUCUCUCUCUCGUCCUUCAUCCCAUGGCGCCUGCCAUGUACUCACUGGUGUGAUGGUGGGUCGGUCGAGGGAGGGCGGGCAGAGCGUCGUGGGCAUGGGUAGCUGGAGUGUAUCGAUGUGUUCGCCUUAGCAUGUCGAUGGACUCUGGAAGGCUGACUGACUGUGCACUGUGCGGCGUGCUGGAUGUGUCUGGCGAGAGAGAAUUAUCCCCUUGCAUACCGCUGUUAUGAAAGUCC